CAGUUUUCGCCUGGAUACCUGGUGCACCGAAUGCGAGGCACUGCUAAUGCAGCCAGGCCUGUUCCUUCCCGUGUUCGAGCAUCGCGUGAAAACUUUCGCGACGGCCACUUUCGCUGCUGCUGCCCCAUUAUGGUCAACAUUUGGUGUCCAUCAUUCUCGGCAUCUUGGUCGUACCCUUUUGUUCCCUUGUUGUAUUCCUAUGAAAUGAUACAAGGGUAGUAAAGGGGUCAAGAUGAGGGGGCCGAGAUGCAAUCUAGCUGACUCUAACCCAAGGUGGACAAGAAAAAGCGAGGUUGACACCGCUUGACUUAAACUCGAUCAAGCAAGCGAAAACCUUAGCUGAAAUGUGG